AGGACCACGUGUACGGUGUUGACUGUCAGUCUCCCGGUUUGCGGAAGCGGUGAGUUCCCAGAGAGGUUCCCGCACCGGAGUCCGGCCGAGCCGGCUGCCGCGCAGCCAUGAGUGCCCCGGGCGUGCUGUCCUUUACCCAGCAGGGCUGGGAGCAGGUGCUGGCCAAAGUGAGACGGGCUGUGGUGUACCUGGACGCCGCCUGCGCCGAGAGCUUGCACUGGGGCUGCGGAGCCGCGCGGCUCCUGGACGCCGUGGGGGCCCCUGCGUGCCACCUGCGCGAGUUCGAGCGGGGCGCGGCCAGCGGCGGGGCCGCGCAGCCCAAGGCGGUGUUUGUGCUGAGCGGCCUGCUGAAAGGCCGGACUGUGGACACCCUGCGGGACAUCGUGCGCCGCAGCCACUUCCAGUACUGUGUGGUGGUCACGGCCGUGAGCCACGCCGUCCACCUCACGGCGAACCACGUGCCCGCCGAGCUGGAGGGGCAGCGGCCGGUGUUCGAGCAGCUGGAGGAGAAGCUGUGCGAGUGGAUGGGCAACCUGAACUACACGGCCGAGGUGCUGCACGUGCCGCUGCUGCUCGCCCCCGCGGCCGCGCACCUGGCCCUGACGCCGGCCUUUGCGUCCCUGUUCCCUCUGCUGCCUGGGGACGUGCGUGUCCUCAACAGCGCGCGUCCGGACAAGAGGAGACUGGGGAGCCUGGCCGAGGUGGACGCCGCCGCCCUGACGCCGGAGCUGCAGCUGCAGAUCAGGUGCCUGGUGUCCGGGCUCAGUUCCCUGUGUGAGCAUCUGGGGGUUCGGGAGGAGUGUUUCGCCGUGGGCACCCUCAGCCGAGUCCUAGCUGCAGAUCUGGCGAACUAUGCCCCUGCCAAGAACAGGAGGAAGACUGCCCCGGGCAGGGCGUCGGUGGUCUUUGUAGACAGGACGCUGGACCUCACAGGCGCCGUCGGGCAUCACGGAGACAACUUGGUGGAGAAGAUCCUCUCGGCGCUGCCCCAGCUCCCCGGCCACACAAACGACGUGAUGGUUGACAUGGUGGAGCUCACGGCGCUGCACGCGGAGGGCGACUGCCAGGACGUGGUCGCGCCAGGCUGCCUCGCUCAGGCCAAUGACCCGGCCGCCAGAGCCCUGUGGGACACCCUGCUCAGCGCCAGGCACAAAGAGGCCGUGAUGGAAGUGCGGAGACACCUGGUGGAGGCAGCCAGCAGAGAAAACCUGCCCCUCAAGAUGAGCAUGGGGAGAGUCACCGCGGGGCAGCUCACGUCCUACAUCCAGCUCUUCAGGAACAACCUGCAGGCUCUGACGAAUCACUGCGGGCUGCUCCAGCUGGGGCUGGCCACAGUGCAGACUCUGAAGCACCCGCACACGGCCAAGUGGGACAACUUCCUGGCCUUCGAGCGCCUCCUGCUGCAGAGCAUCGGGGACUCGGCAAUGGGCACGGUGCUGGGGCAGCUGCUGCCCCUGGUGAAGCCGGCCUCCCAGAGGACCCACGACGACUACAGCCCCGAGGAGCUGCUGGUCCUGCUUGUCUACAUCUACUCCAUCACUGGAGAGUGCCCUGCGGACCGAGAGCUGGACGAGGCUGAGGAGCUCGUGAAGAAUGCACUGGCCCAGGCUCUCUGCCAGGAGCCCGAGCUGUCACCUCUACUGCAGAAAAUCACAGGCUGUGACUGUUCCGUGAACCUGACUCCCCACAAGUCCAAGUUGGCCGUGGAUGAGCUCUUUUCUUCGCUCCGGGAUCUGGCCGGGGCGCGGCGUCUCAUGAAGCAGUUCAAGUCCGUGCACGCCCCUGGGAGCCAUGGCCACCAGGCGUCCUACAGGCCGCUGCUGAAGCAGGUGUUGGAGGAGAUCUUCCAUCCCGAGAGGCCGGACCCCGUGGACAUCGAGCACGUGUCGUCGGGCCUCACGGAGCUCCUGAAAACCGGGUUCAGCAUGUUCAUGAAGGUGAGCCGGCCCCAUCCCAGUGACCAUCCCCUGCUGAUCCUCUUCGUGGUGGGCGGGGUCACAGUCUCCGAGGCCAAAAUGGUCAAAGACCUUGUGGCGUCGCUGAAGCCCGGGAGCCAGGUGAUCCUGCUGUCCACGCGGCUCCUGAAGCCGCUUAGCAUCCCUGAGCUGUUGUUUGCCACAGACCGGCUGCACCCAGACCUCGGCUUCUGAUAUCAGCAAAGACAACGGGAGCCGCCCAAGCUGGAGACCCCAGCGUCCUCAUCGCCUGCCACCGCUCCAGAGACGCCUCCCAAACCGGCCGCCUGUCGCUAACGUGGGCUUGUCCCAGUUUGCCCAAAGGGGCCUGGGAGCCACACAGCGAGGUACCUCACCUGGACUGCUCACAUUCUGUCGUAAAAAUUGUACUGUUGUUUUUCCAAAGGUGCCAGGCUGUCUUUCAGCCGAAUCGGCCGUAGCUCCCAUUUAUCCUCUGCUGUAGUGUUUGGGUUCCACCUGCAAGUUCAUUACUUCCAAGUUAGAGCAGGUUGCCAAGUGUCCAUGCGUGACAAGUCCUCCUACCUCACAUCACCCCAGGAGAAGCGAGACCUGCUGCGAGACGAUGUGUGAGCAGAGCCUGCCUCCCCUGGAGCGGCCGUGAUGGGCAGGACGGCGCCAGUGGGGUCUGAGCCUCCAUCCCUCAGGGCCUGAGACACCUUGGGCGGUGCUGGGAGUCCAUGUGUGGCUGCACUGGCCCAGCCUGCUCCCCGGGGGCUGCUGGGAAUGGCGGCAGGAGAGAGGCGGGUUGGGGACUGGCCUUGCCUACAGGGUGCCCCCUCCAAAGGCACACAGGAGCCAGCAAGUCCCCAGGAGCCCAGAGGAUGCGCAGACCCCUGUGGCCAUGAGAUUUUGACUCUGUUGAAACAAAGCUUCCCUUUUCUGUACGUUUAAAUUCCCUCCCGGCCAUGGCAGAAAACCCUACAGCCCCCUGGUGAAAUCACACGUGACCUCCAGCAGAGAAGCGCGGGGAACCGAGACACCUCUGGUGCGCGGCUGCCGGGAACCCCAGCAUCUCCAGACGAGGUUUCCCGGCAACGGGUACAGCUGAAACCCGUGUCUAUUGCAGAUUAACAGGCAGAGGAAAUAAAAUGGAAGCCAAGACGUUCACAGGGGUCUGAUUCUAGUUCUCUGCCGGACGCUGUCAUUCUGUGGGGGAAAAAAAACUGCGAAGUCGGGGCUCGGUCCGAGACGUGCUGGGGGCGGGGUUGUUAUGGACAGCCUCAGCGUGGCCCCCCUCACGCCCGGUCUCCUGUGGUGCCGAAGCACCCAAGACCUCAUGCUCCUCUGAAAGCCUUACAUUGUAAUGAAGUAACCCCCGGAGGAGCUACCGUUGAAGCGGACUCUUGUUUUCUAAAGUGAAGAAACGGGAGUGAUGGCCGCUGUUACGUGCCCCACGCCUGCUCACUCAUUCAUUCAUUCCGGGAGCGGGGCCUGUGCGCUGGCGCCCUUCCCACCUGGCCCUGGACUGGCAGUGGCGUCCGGUCAACAAAUUCCUUCAAGCUCCCCCCAAGCCCGUCUUGGGAGCCAGAGACAGAAUCUGAGCAACAAAUGCCCCCAUGUAGCCAAAAACAGACAACUCCAGGGCUGUUUCUCAGGGUGCUCCAGACACAGCCAGAUGGCCGACGUGCUCGGCCGUCUGGGAAGGAAGUGUUGUGGGGGUGCGGGGUGGCUGGCAUUUUGGCACAAUCAGUGAUGGCCCCAAUCCUGUUCUCGCAAAUUUAGGACACUAGUGAGGACAAUAAGAACUUUCUGGAAACAUCUCUCUUCAGUCCUUAGGGGGCUGCAGGUGGUGAUAGCACUUUGCUGGGUCACUUGUCACCUGCAGACAUGCUCCAUAUUCCUUGGGGGCCAACCCCUGGGGGACCUGUCUUGCCACACCAGAACCUGCUGGGGCCCAUUCCCAGUGGCCUGUGGGAGGGGUCUGCCCCCAGGCCUGUCCACUCGCCCAGGCCAUUGGUCAGUGUUCUCGCUCAGGAUGGAAAAGGAAUGUCAAAAUCUCAUUUCUCACCAAAAGAAGGGGCACCCUGGGACCCAUGGGUCCCAGGCCGCAGAGAGGGUGGACAGAAGCCCAGAGAGCCACGGCCACAGAGCCUCCGCGCCACAGCGCCUGGCUUUGUUCUGACGACACUGGAAAGCCAGACAGCAGGACAGACGCGGGCGCCGCUCUGAGACAGGCGGCCACACGGGGCCCCCGCCCGGCCUAGACAUGCUCCUCGCCCAGCAGGGCUGUGGGCCCCGAGCGGCUGAUGGCAAUAGCAGAUGUGGCCAGAGUGAGGGGCAGGCAGACGGAGGGACAUGGAGGAAGCAGAACGCGGGACAGGCCAGGGCACCGCGGGAGUACGGUGUGGGCAAGAGAGAGAAGAGGUCGAGCUGGGGCUCCGUGGCCAUGGCCGAGUCAGGCUGUGGCGUCCUCACCCAGGCCUGGGGCACGGGUC